UUGCAGAUUCCCUGGCUAUUUGCUGGUGAGAAAUCUUUGCUGCAGCUGCAGCUGCAGCAAGGAAUAGAGUCCCCCCUCGUGCGCGCUCGCGCGCGCGAGGGCGCGCAACCCAAUGACAGAAGCGGGCAAGGCUGGUCUAGGCUGAGUGGAAAGAGCUAGGAGCCGGGAGGCAGCCUGUCCUCCCUCAAGCCUGCAAGGAUGCGGCAGGGGACUGAGACCAUGGGGAGGUGCUAACUUCCUCUUCAACCCCCCAGCCCGGGAUCCGGGCUGGCAUACCCGGCCCCCCGGGCUAGUUUCCUGCCAAGCGCAACCAAGAAGCCAAAGGCGAUUUGGAGGGCAUAAAAAGAAAAAGAGUGGUUCUGGAGAGGGGUGCCCACCUCCAGAGCCGGUCCCUCUGCAAACAGGCAAAGAUAGGAGAAAGGGGAUCAGAUACUGGAGUGUACGCAAAAUCCUCUGUCUGUGGACUCGCACCAGAGCCUCCCAGAAAACCUGGGCGAUCUGCGCCAUCGUCUUCAAUGCCUCUCUGAAAAGCCUUUAGCAAGACUGAGAGAAAGAGAAAAGAGAGCGCGCCAGAGAGAGGAGCAAAGAAGAUGAGGAUUAUUUGCAGGCAGAUUGUCUUGUUGUUUUCUGGAUUUUGGGGACUCGCCAUGGGAGCCUUUCCAAGCAGCGUUCAAAUAGGUGGUCUCUUCAUCCGAAACACAGACCAGGAAUACACUGCUUUUAGACUGGCAAUCUUUCUUCAUAACACCAGCCCCAAUGCAUCGGAAGCUCCUUUCAAUUUGGUACCUCAUGUGGACAACAUUGAGACUGCCAACAGUUUUGCUGUGACAAACGCCUUCUGUUCCCAGUAUUCUAGAGGGGUGUUUGCCAUUUUUGGACUCUAUGACAAGAGAUCCGUGCAUACCUUGACCUCGUUCUGCAGUGCUCUGCACAUCUCUCUCAUCACACCAAGCUUUCCCACUGAAGGGGAGAGCCAGUUUGUGCUGCAGCUAAGACCUUCACUGAGAGGUGCACUCCUGAGCCUCCUGGAUCACUAUGAGUGGAACUGUUUCGUCUUCCUGUAUGAUACAGACAGGGGGUAUUCAAUACUUCAAGCUAUAAUGGAAAAAGCAGGACAAAAUGGAUGGCAUGUCAGUGCAAUAUGUGUGGAAAAUUUUAAUGAUGUCAGCUACAGGCAACUGCUAGAAGAGCUUGACAGAAGACAAGAGAAGAAAUUUGUGAUAGAUUGUGAGAUAGAGAGGCUUCAAAACAUUUUAGAACAAAUUGUGAGUGUUGGGAAGCAUGUCAAAGGCUACCAUUAUAUCAUCGCAAAUUUGGGUUUCAAGGAUAUUUCUCUUGAGAGAUUUAUACAUGGAGGAGCAAAUGUAACAGGAUUCCAGUUGGUAGAUUUUAAUACACCCAUGGUAACCAAACUAAUGGAUCGGUGGAAGAAACUAGAUCAGAGAGAAUAUCCAGGUUCUGAAACACCUCCAAAGUACACCUCUGCUCUCACUUAUGAUGGAGUCCUGGUGAUGGCUGAAACUUUCCGAAGUCUCAGAAGACAGAAAAUUGAUAUUUCAAGGAGAGGAAAUGCUGGGGACUGUCUGGCAAACCCUGCUGCUCCCUGGGGCCAGGGAAUUGACAUGGAGAGGACACUGAAGCAGGUUCGAAUUCAAGGGCUGACUGGGAAUGUUCAAUUUGACCAUUAUGGACGUAGAGUUAAUUACACAAUGGAUGUGUUUGAACUGAAAAGCACAGGACCUCGAAAGGUUGGCUACUGGAAUGAUAUGGAUAAAUUAGUCUUGAUUCAAGAUAUGCCUACUCUUGGCAAUGACACAGCAGCUAUUGAGAACAGAACAGUGGUUGUAACCACAAUUAUGGAAUCUCCCUAUGUUAUGUACAAGAAAAAUCAUGAAAUGUUUGAAGGAAAUGACAAGUACGAAGGCUACUGUGUAGAUCUGGCAUCGGAAAUUGCAAAACAUAUUGGUAUCAAAUAUAAAAUUGCCAUUGUUCCUGAUGGAAAAUAUGGAGCAAGGGACGCAGACACUAAGAUCUGGAAUGGGAUGGUAGGAGAGCUUGUGUAUGGGAAAGCAGAGAUUGCUAUUGCCCCUCUGACAAUCACAUUGGUUCGAGAGGAAGUCAUCGAUUUUUCUAAGCCUUUUAUGAGUUUAGGCAUCUCUAUCAUGAUCAAAAAACCUCAGAAAUCUAAACCAGGAGUCUUUUCCUUCUUGGACCCUCUGGCCUAUGAGAUCUGGAUGUGCAUAGUGUUUGCAUACAUUGGUGUCAGUGUGGUCUUGUUCCUAGUCAGUAGGUUUAGCCCAUAUGAGUGGCACACAGAAGAACCUGAGGAUGGGAAGGAAGGACCCAGUGACCAGCCUCCCAAUGAAUUUGGCAUCUUUAACAGCCUUUGGUUUUCCCUGGGUGCCUUUAUGCAACAAGGAUGUGACAUUUCACCCAGAUCCCUGUCAGGUCGGAUUGUUGGAGGCGUGUGGUGGUUCUUCACACUCAUCAUUAUAUCGUCCUACACUGCUAAUCUGGCUGCAUUCCUUACUGUGGAGAGAAUGGUCUCCCCCAUAGAAAGUGCAGAAGACCUGGCCAAACAAACAGAAAUUGCCUAUGGAACACUUGAUUCUGGGUCAACAAAAGAAUUCUUCAGAAGAUCAAAAAUAGCAGUGUAUGAAAAGAUGUGGACCUACAUGCGAUCGGCAGAGCCGUCUGUGUUCACUAGAACUACAGCUGAGGGCGUGGCUCGUGUCCGCAAGUCCAAGGGCAAAUUUGCCUUUCUCCUGGAGUCCACGAUGAAUGAAUACAUUGAGCAGCGAAAGCCCUGUGACACGAUGAAAGUGGGAGGAAACCUGGAUUCCAAAGGCUAUGGUGUAGCAACGCCCAAGGGUUCCUCAUUAAGAACAGUCUUACCUGAGAAAACAGAGACAGACUGGGAAGAAACUGAAGAGGACAAGGAGGAGGACAGAGGAGAACUAACCAGCUUCAGGAUUAAGGACAAGACGAGUGCCUUGAGCCUGAGCAACGUAGCAGGCGUCUUCUACAUUCUGGUUGGCGGCCUGGGCUUGGCAAUGCUGGUGGCUUUGAUAGAGUUCUGUUACAAGUCCAGGGCAGAGGCGAAGAGAAUGAAGCUGACUUUUUCCGAAGCCAUAAGAAACAAAGCCAGGUUAUCCAUCACUGGGAGUGUGGGAGAAAACGGCCGUGUGCUGACCCCUGACUGCCCCAAGGCCGUACACACAGGAACUGCAAUUAGACAAAGUUCGGGAUUGGCUGUCAUUGCAUCGGACCUACCAUAAAAACCAAAAAAAUAAUUGAGUGCCUUAAUCAAACUGUGUUGGUGACUGACUGAAACGCAGCCCUGAGGGAAAGGCCAAGAGUGGGUCUUGGCUAAAUCCAUCCUUUGGCUUGAGAGCAGGAAGAGCAUACUGAGUGCCGGACAGAACCAGUGCAUGAUUUCAGCACGGAAAUGCAGACUCGGAUUUUUUUUUAUCAGGAAAACUCACAAUUUAGUUUUUUUGGGGAUAGAGGGUGGGGGAUAGCUGGGAUAGGUGUAUUAACAGCAACAAAUUUCACAUGAGCGCACUUAAAACUAAUCAGACUGGUCAGUUAGUGCAUUAAACUGUGAAGUUCUUUCUCAGAAAGGUCUUAGUCACUACAGCAACAGAUUCAACAGUUACUAGAGGUCAAGGAACCUUCUACCUGUGUCUCCAGAACACCCAUUUAGUCGAUGGCAUAAUCUGCAGCUGAAACAAGCAGUCACUAAGAUGUGAUAAGAAAAUAAUAAAUAUGUAAAUCCUGUGAAAAAAAACAACAAAAUUUAAAGAAAGUAUUUACAGUUACUUUGGAAAUAAAACAAUACUGAAACAUGCUUGCUUUUUAACUGAAGUAAAUCCAGUAGAGGACAACACAAUUGUUUUUUCUAACCAUCUUAGGGAACAAUACAUUGCAAUAAUUGAUAAUAAUGCCAUCACUGUAAUAAACUUUAGAGACUUUUUUUUAAUGUAAAAGUUGUUUGUCACCUUGUUUCCUGUAACCUUCACUCUGUCACACAAGUUGGCUCAUAGGUUGUGUUUGUCUAUCAGAAACAACAACAAAAAAAAUGAAGAAAAUGUUGGCAUGAAGUCAUCCAUCUGCAACGUAGAAUUUAAAAGACUACGGGUCAUUCAUGUUAUCAAUAUAAUUUAUAAUCCUGUUCUGUGUACAAAAUUGUGGUUUUGUACCCACCCAAAAGAAUAAAACAACAGUUUUUCUUACAGUACCUAUCCACAGAGCUUAACUUUUUUCCGUAUGAUUAUUUGAGAAACUCUGAGACUCCUUGAGGGAUUAUAGAAAUCAAGGGAUAGGCCAUAUAAAAAUGUAGCUAGUUUUUAUUAUUUCUGCAUACUUUUUCUAGAUAUUGGGCUCAUGGGUUAACAGACUAAGUUGUCAAAAGUAGAGUCCUUGAGUCUGGGGAAUGAACCACUAUUCUAAUACAAACACACCCUGCAUGGAAAUUUUACUUGACUCUAUGUUGCAGUAAAUAAUUCAGUGUCUCUUGGGCAUUUUCCCUCAUUCCCAUACUAAAUUCUUUGAAGACACUGAUAACAGUUUGGGGUAAACUACAGUUGAAAAACUCAAUCCUUAUUUCUACCCAGUAAUUGUGAAUAAAAUUAUACCAUGCUCAUUUUUAAGAAAACAAAACCCUUAUGGUUCAAAAGGUCUGCUUCAUUUGAAAUGAAUGAAUUCAAUGAUACAGAUGAAAAAAAUCACAGAUUGAGGGAUCUUUGUAGAAAGCACAAAUUAGGAUGUUUCCCAAAGUGUGGCCUUAAAGGAAGAGUUGAGUUUUUACAGGAAAUGGUGCUGGUAAGUUCCUAGGGGUGAGCAGCACACAAAGAUGCUCCUUUUUUCAGUGUCAUAUGUGCAAGGCUUGUGCAGAAAGUUGGCCUGGUGAGGGUACAGGGUGUCAGAAGUUUGGAGGAUUGGUUUCCUUCCCUCAAUGCUUACAAUCCCUAUUCAAUAUCUGUGUGUCACUACAAUGUAAUCCUUAUAACACAUGUAUGCACUGUCCCUUGGGAAAGGUUACUGUGUUGUUGAGUAAUGAUUCAUUUCACAACCUAGGCUCCUCCCUGGUGUGCCGUCUCUUCUUCUUCUUCUUCUCCUUCUUCUUCUUCUUCUUCUUCUUCUUCUUCUUCUUCUUCUUCUUCUUCUUCUUCUUCUUCUUCUUCUUCUUCUUCCUUCUUCUUCUUCUUCUUCUUCUUCUUCUUCUUCUUCUUCUUCUUCUUCUUCUUCUUCUUCUUCUUCUUCUUCUUCUUCUUCUCCUUCUCCUCCUUCUCCUUCUCCUUCUCCUUCUCCUUCUCCUUCUCCUUUCUUCUUCUUCUUCUUCUUCUUCUUCUUCUUCUUCUUCUUCUUCUUCUUCUUCUUCUUCUUCUUCUUCUUCUUCUUCUUCUUCUUCUUCUUCUCCUACUUCUUCUCCUACUUCUUCUCCUACUUCUUCUCCCUCUCCCUCCCCCUCCCCCUCCUUCUCUCACUCCUACCUAAGCUCUCAGCCAGCAAAUGGACCUCCACAGCACACAGAACACAGAAUCUACCAUCUCUUCAGUCUGUAGAUCUCUGUCUUUACCUGUCACACAUCCUUCAGCCCCGAAAUUGAAUUUUAUGUGUACUGGGAAGAUCUCCAUGAUUAUCCACCACCCCUGCCCAUGACACUGAGUUAUGUGCCAUUCUUAAUGUUUCUUACCCAUCAUGGCACUCAUCCUACUGCAUUGUAAUUACUUGUGUACGUGUCUGUAAACUACUAGACUGUCAGCUCCUUGAGGGCAGGGACUGUGUCUAUCUUGUUCACAGUUGUACCCCCCAGCACCCAGCACAGUGCCUGGCAUAUUGUAGGUGCUUAAUAAAUAUUUGUUGAAUGAA